AUGUCUUCCAUCACGAGCUGUGGUGUGCCAUAUAUCUAUGGUGUCGCAGCCUUCAGUCCCGAGCGAAAGUUCAAAACCUUAGAGGCUGGUCAAGCAGUCCUGGACACCUUGCGGCGUGCGAACGUGCUGCAUCUGAACACAGCGCAACUAUACGGCGAGAGCGAGAAGACUCUUGGACUUCUCAAAGCGGGCGAGACUUUUACCAUUGAUACAAAAGGCGCGGGUGGCUCUUUGCCUGGAGCGCUUGGGCGUUCGGAGAUUGUGCGCAGGGCAAGAGCAUCGCUGGCGCUUCUGGGCGUGGAACAGGUCAACAUCUUCUACAUCCACUCGCCGGAUCAUACGGUGCCCAUCUCAGAGACUCUCGCUGGCAUCCAAGAGCUCUUUGAGGGCGGCGUCUUUCGACGGUUCGGUCUCUCGAACUAUCUGGCAGAGGAUGUGGAGAAGAUAUACGCUCAUUGCUUGUCCAACAACUACGUUCUUCCCACGGUGUUCCAAGGAAGUUACAACCCGGUCAGUCGCAGAGUGGAGUCAGAACUGCUGCCAACACUACGGAAGCUGAACAUUUCCUUCUACGCGUACGGGCCGCAGGCAGGCGGGUUUCUCGCAAAGAGCAAGCAGGAGGUUCUUGACGGGAAAGGCCGGUUUGAUCCCAACAACCGUGGUGGCCAAAUGCUUCGUCGGCUGUAUUGCAAAGACACACUACUGGAUUGUUUAGAGGAAUGGCAAAAUAUUGCCACAGCUGCUGGGUGCUCCAGGUCUGAUUUGGCAUGUCGAUGGGUUAGGUACAACAGUGCGUUGAAGCCGGAAUGUGGAGAUGCUGUCGUGUUCUCUUCUAGUACCGUUGCGCAGACUGCGGAGAUGAUCCGGGGGCUGGAGGCGGGGCCGCUUGAUGAUAGCGUUGUCGCACGUAUUGAUGAGAUGUGGCAAAUGGUCAAGGAUGAAGCGCCGCUGGAUAACAUCAAUGGAUGA